ACAUGUACUAGGCGUGCAACAUCCAGCUCAUAUCGGAACUGCACCACACCUGCUGGAGCAGGUACUACCCCGCUGCCGACUCUGGGCUAUGGAGGUGCUUAGUUCGUAUCUUUGAAACUAAAAUUUGCCAUAGCUGUGCUCCCUGUUGCCAGGCUCAUUUCUGCUUUUAGCCAAGUGCCAGUGUGUCGGAAAAUGAAGGCUCCCUUGCCAUCCUUUCCAUCCAGCGCUCCACAAGAACACACAAUGCCCGCUGCAUAUCUGCUGCAGUGAACACAUGCACCGUCCACUUUUGUGAAGCAAAACAGGUCCUCCAGCGCAGGUACCAGCUGUUCACAGUUGGGAAAUUAGAGUGUGGGGUGUGCUGAGCCGCUCGGUGCUCGACACAAGGUGACGAAAGAUUUGGUGUUAAUAUGCACUGUUGGCCAACCAUUUGCAGUUGUCAGAAAUGGAAAUGGGCGGUGCCAAGCAGGUUUUCAGCUACGGAAUGUCAGAAAGCAUCGCCAAGAGUGGUGUGUUGUUCCUUUGUUCAUGUGGCCUACUCCCUGUCUUCCCAAAGCCAGAGGGCAUCCGCUCUCUAUUCUGGCUUGCUGGGUGCCUGCUGACACAAAACCCAGCCAUCUUUGCUCGAUUUCUUCUAGCAAGUUUAUG